AUGCGUACCGUGGAGGACACAGCCACGGAAGCGGCCGCGGCCGAUGCUGCGACCACCCAUCAGCGUGCUACCACCGGCAGGCAUCUACUCGUCGAUCACGAACGCGAUCACGAUCAACGAGAUCGUUCGACGACGAUCCAUCUGCCCGCUACACCGUACCACCAGGUCACCAUCGCGGCGGACACCAACAACAAUCAUGACCAUCAUCGGAACCUCGAGCAUCACGCGGCGCAACGCCACGAUCAUUGGAACAAGUGGCAGUUGCAUUCGCCGAACGGCGACAGCGAUAACAGCAACGGUAGCCAGCGUGCAGUGGCUGUUACAAGAAACGACGUAGAACAGCAGCAACAGCCGCACCGCCAACGGCACCAGCGGCCCCCAGCAGCUACUGUUCCAGUUCUCGCCUGCACGAAUCACUCUUCGACGACCACCACAACCACCGCCUUCACGGUAGCGUCAAGUAUGCUUCUUUUGCAGACACAGAGUCCUUUCGGAUGUAGCACUUUGGCGGAUUUGUUGAGCGCGUCAUACACGGAUCCUGCAGAUGCGGGAAGCCUGCCGGAAGAGCUGGACCCGUUCCCGGAGCUGCAGCUAGGCAAUCCUCAAGUAGUACCCACGGCAGACGAAUCGGCCCAGCCGGCGGUGCACCACCAGCAACCACCGCAGCCACCUCCGUCGGCGGCGCCUCUUCCUGAAGAUGUUCAGGCAGAUUCGCUUAGCUCAACACCAUUGCCGAGCUUCCAAGAGACGUACACGGCUCCACGGUACACCAGACAAGAACUCCAAGUUCUCGGCAUAAAAAUGGACGAGGAGUGUUACGACAACGCGGUCUAUCCCUGUGCGACCGGCCACUAUCCCACCGAGUUCUCGCCGUCGAUGCCCUACCACGAUCACCAGCAACAGCCGCAACAGCAACAGCACCAUCAUCAUCACCAUCAUCCCCAUCAACCGCAGCAGCAACCGCCUCCCCAACAGCAACACCAUCAUCAUCAUCAAGGUUACUUCGCCACUGAAACGGCCCCCACACCGACAACGGCUGUCCCCUCCCCGUCGAACCAUCGACAGGAUUCUCCGUACGGUGCGGCGGUCAGUGUGCCCAUGGUGUAUGGACCGCCACCAGCCAUCACCGGCGGUGCAACCCCUGUCGCGCCCACAGAACUUUGCCCUAAUGUCGACAACGUCGUCGUUGGAACGUCCCGAGCACGGAGAGCAUCCCUACCUACGCAGAGGUUAGAUUCCACGAGUAGUGGCGGCACAGACUCCCCGAAAGCGCGGGGCGGAAGCGGUGGUUCCGGAAGUUCCGUGAGCUCCCUCUCCCCCGGAAGCGGAAGCGGAACCAGCAACGAGAGAGCGCCUCCGAGUCCAAGUCAAUUAUGCGCGGUUUGCGGUGACACGGCGGCGUGUCAGCACUACGGGGUGCGCACCUGCGAAGGGUGCAAGGGCUUCUUCAAGAGGACCGUGCAGAAGGGCUCGAAGUACGUCUGUCUCGCCGAGAAGGCGUGUCCCGUGGACAAACGUCGGCGGAACCGUUGCCAGUUUUGUCGCUACCAAAAGUGCCUGAAGGUCGGCAUGGUGAAGGAGGUCGUCAGGACGGACUCUCUAAAGGGACGUAGGGGUAGGCUACCCUCGAAGCCGAAAUCACCGCAGGAAUCACCCCCCAGCUCGCCAGUGUCUCUGAUAAAGGCUUUGUUGCGCGCACAUUCGGACACCAUGCCUUCUAGCUUGGAUUACUCGCAGUACCGGAUACUCAGCCCGGACGAUCCACCGAUCGACGACGCGGAAAAGACGCAACAAUUUUACAAUCUUCUCACCCCGUCCAUCGACGUGAUACGGAACUUCGCCGACAAGAUUCCCGGUUUUACGGAUCUCUUGCGGGAGGAUCAGGAGUUACUUUUCCAAUCAGCGUGUCUGGAACUCUUCGUCCUACGGUUGGCGCACCGUACGGAACCGGAACCCACCCAGCUGACAUUUUGCAAUGGUGUAGUCCUUGCGAUCGAACAGUGCCAGCGUAUCUUCGACGAUUGGCUUCACAGCAUACUCGAGUUCUCCAAGGCUCUUCAUGUUCUCGACGUAGACACUAGCGCUUUCGCCUGUCUGUGUGCUCUCACCCUGGUUACUGAAAGGUACGGCCUGAAGGAGCCUCACCGUAUGGAGCAACUACAAAUGAAAAUCAUCUCAUCCCUUCGUGAUCACGUCACCUACAAUUCCGAGGCGCAGAAAAAAGCGCACUAUCUGUCUCGGCUGUUGGGAAAACUACCGGAACUUAGGAGUCUUUCGGUGCAGGGGCUACAGCAUAUCUUCUACCUGAAAUUGCUGGACCUGGUCCCGGCGCCGCCGUUGAUCCAGAAGAUGUUCGUCGGUAGUCUACCGUUCUAAUCGCCUUUUGAGCCGCAAGCAUAAAGGCUAAUC